AUGCCACUCUGGGUGUUCUUUGUGAUCCUCACCCUCACCAGUGGCUCCCACUGCUCACUGCCCACCUCACUGCCCUUCAGGAUGAGGCGAUAUGCAGACGCCAUCUUCACCAACAGCUACAGGAAAGUUCUGGGCCAGCUGUCUGCCCGCAAACUGCUCCAGGACAUCAUGAGCAGGCAGCAGGGGGAGAGGAACCAGGAAGGAACCAGAAUACGGCCUGGCCGGCAGGUGGACAGCAUGUGGGUGGACCACAGGCAGGUGGCGCUGGAGAGCCUCUUGGUAGCCCUGUUGCAGAAGCACAGCAGGAAUUCCCAAGGAUGA